AACCUUUGCUCCACUUCUCACCGCGGAGGCGUACACUCUCUCACUCUUCUCUCACGUCGCUCAUAAAAAAAGAGGCUGGACCUCUCAGGAAAGCGGGGAAAGGAAAAGGACUUUUUUCUUUUUGACAAUAUGAACAACAGUUCUCUUAACAUGGCGGCGAUAGGGGACUUCGACCCGCUCAACGCGUCUAUUCCUGCCACCAAAGUUGAAAUCACGGUGUCCUGCAGAAACCUGCUAGACCUGGACACUUUCUCUAAAUCAGACCCAAUUUGUGUUCUCUACACACAAGCCAUGGGCAACAAGGAGUGGAGAGAGUUUGGGAGAACAGAGGUCAUUGACAACACGCUAAACCCAGACUUUGUGCAGAAAUUCAUGUUGGACUACUUCUUUGAAGAGCGACAGAACAUCCGGUUUGACUUGUAUGAUGUUGAUUCAAAGAGUGCCAACCUGUCCAAACAUGAUUUUCUGGGUCAGGCCCAUUGUACUCUGGGAGAGGUGGUUGGAUCGUUGGGAGGUCGCCUGGAAAAAGCACUUGGAGGCAUUCCAGGGAAGAAAUGCGGGAUCAUUAUUGUGAAAGCCGAGGAGCUGAACAACUGCAGGGAGUCAGUGAUGAUGCAGUUCUGCGGAAACAAGUUGGACAAAAAAGAUUUCUUUGGAAAGUCUGACCCUUUCAUGGUGUUCUACAGGAGCAAUGAGGAUGGCACGUUUACCAUCUGCCACAAGACAGAAGUGAUAAAAAACACAUUGAACCCUGUUUGGCAGGCCUUUAAGAUUCCUGUCCGGGCUCUUUGCAACGGUGAUUACGACAGAACAAUCAAGGUAGAAGUGUAUGACUGGGACAGAGAUGGCGGUCAUGAUUUUAUUGGAGAGUUCAGCACCAGCUACAGAGAACUAUCCAGAGGGCAGAGCCAGUUUAAUGUCUAUGAGGUGAUAAAUCCAAAGAAGAAAGGGAGGAAGAAAAAAUACCUCAACUCUGGAACGGUAACGCUGCUGUCGUUUCUGGUGGACAUUGAAGUCACCUUCCUGGACUACAUCAAAGGAGGGACUCAGAUUAACUUUACCGUUGCCAUUGAUUUCACAGCUUCCAACGGUAACCCUGCCCAGCCCACCUCACUUCACUACAUGAGUCCCUACCAGCUGAAUGCCUACGCCAUGGCCCUGAAGGCAGUUGGAGAAAUCAUCCAGGACUACGACAGUGAUAAAAUGUUUCCUGCUCUUGGGUUUGGAGCCAAGCUGCCGCCUGAUGGACGAGUGUCCCAUGAGUUUGCCUUGAAUGGGAACCCUCAGAACCCUUACUGUGCAGGAAUUGAAGGUGUGAUGGGAGCCUACUACCAGAGUCUGAAGUCAGUUCAGCUCUACGGACCCACUAACUUCUCCCCCGUCGUCAACCAUGUGGCCAGGUAUGCAGCUUCAGUGAAGGAUGGCUCCCAGUAUUUCAUACUUCUUAUCAUCACAGAUGGAGUCAUCUCAGACAUGGCCCAGACCAAGGAAUCCAUCGUCAACGCCGCUUGUCUUCCAAUGUCAAUCAUCAUUGUUGGAGUGGGGCCUGCUGAAUUUGAUGCCAUGGUUGAGUUGGACGGGGAUGAAGUCAGAAUCUCAUCCAGAGGAAGAUGUGCUGAAAGAGACAUUGUUCAGUUUGUCCCAUUCAGGGACUACAUCGACCGGACAGGGAACCACAUCCUUAGUAUGGCACGACUCGCCAAGGAUGUCCUGGCAGAGAUUCCCGACCAGUUCCUGUCCUACAUGAGGACCCGUGGGAUUAAGCCCUCACCAGCACCACCUCCCUACACACCUCCCGGCCAACCUCUACAAACCCAAAUAUGAGGAGCCGGGGUGCAGGUGUAACAGUCAGUGCUCAGCUGAACUUGCAGAAUACUUCCAUGUCCCUGAAGCUGCUCUACAUGCCUCGCUAACAUGGAUUCAGGAGGUCUUUCUCAUGUUCAGGAGGCUGUCUGUAGAGUGACAGACAGAGCCAGGAACAGCCAAUGAGAGUCUGUUUACUUCCACUGUCAAGCAUUCCUGUUACUGUCUCGAAAACAAUGUUGGCCUUGGAAACCUAGUGAGACUUUGAAGAGUUUUAAAGGUCUGAUGUCGAGUAUGGAAGAGAAGAAAGGAGAGUAAAAGUAAGGAAAGAAGAAAUGAAGGACAACUGAAAAGAGAAUGUCUCCAGACAAAACAAAGGAAACACUUGAUCAUGAUGUAUAUAACUUCUUCUGUCUCUCUCCCACUCACUCAUGUUUACAGCAAACAAUAACAAGGAUUUUUACUCUUGAUAUGUUUUAUAUCCACAAAGCUUCUAAAUAAAGCUUGUAAUAUUCUCUCUCUCUCUCUCGCUCUCUCUCUCUCUCUCUCUCGCUCUAAAUAUCCCCUUAAUUACUAUUGAUUAAUUAUCAGAAAACAAAUUGGCCUAGUACUUUAAUCCCUGACCUCCAAAUGUUAUGGAGAUUUAUAAGCCUCAUGUAUUAUUUCUGCCUGUUGCUACAGUAAUUAGCAAAGUUAGCAUAGAUUCAUGUAAAGGCCCUGACACACCAAGGAGGCCGUCUGUCCAUCGGUGAGCGGUCAUAAAAUGAUUUAUUGUAUAGCCUACAUCAACAUCUGCGAACAAUUAUUUACCUUUUUAGAAAUUAGAAAAAGUGAAUUUGCAGAGAUGAUAAAGUUCUCAUCUCCAGUAUUUCUUGUAUUUAUGUAGCAUUCAUUUGACUCUCUCUCUCUCUCUCUCUCUCUCUCUCUCUCUCUCUCUCUCUCUCUCUCUCUCUCCCUUUCUCUGUCUCUUUCCCCCCUAAAUGCCUUGGCAUAAAGAUGCUCUCAUACCCAAGGAUUUCAUCUCAUUGUGUCAUUUUAACACCACCUCCCUGCAACAUGUGUCAAAUGAUAGCAGCUGCUCUCAAACUAAAUACUGUUUGAGCAUCAGAACCCAGUGGUCAAAAAUGCAGAAAAGACUUUUGGUAUGUUUAUUUUUAACUGUGUGUGUGUUUUAUUACGCCUUCAGCUUUGAUAUAGCCUUUUUUAUUUUUGUUGUUUUAUUUGUGAUGGAUAUUUUUAUGUACAAAUCAUUUGCAGGACUAUUUGUGUGGUUGCUGUCUCAACAAGAUUCAGUGUAGCAUUGAAUCAAUGUUUUUUGAAGAACAAAAACUUUGUGUUUUUAUUUAGGAAGGACUGUCCAGUGUUGUAAGGGCUGUGUGUAUGAUUAGUUCAAAUGUUGAAUGUGGAUGAAAUUUUGUAUGUUGUUAGAAGUCUACAGGAAUAUUUGAAUUUUAUGGAUAGUUCGAGAACUACAAAUUUGCACCAAAAGAGUGAAAGAGUAUUUAAACACUGCAGUGAUUUGAGGACACAGUUUUGUUGUUCUAAAUUAGUCUUAAACUAGAAGAAACGUGUUUUGAUGACAGGAAGCAUAGCAUAACUUUGACAAGCAUAUUUUUGUUUUUCAUUUUUCAUACUUAUUUUGAUUAAAAACCAGACAGUUUCUAAGUUUUAACAUGGCGACACUGUGUGGGUCUUUUGUGUGUAGUAGACAAACAAUUUAGGUGUCAUGAAUUAAAUUAUGGUCUUAUGGAUGAUUAGAUAAACAUUUAUGAACAUUUUAAGUAAAUACUUCUUGAACUUUCUCAGCUGUUCUAAUAUUGUUGUUCCCUUGUUACUAUAACAAUAUAUACAUUUUUAUCAGUUACUAAGAUGCCAUUAUCCUAAAACUUACUCUCAUGUUGAAUUAAAAACAGGCUUAAAUAAAUCAGAAAAAAAAGAAAAGACAAAUACUGCUAUCACAAUUAUACAUUAGCAACCAAAUGUAUUUUGUGGACAGCUUAUUACAGAGUCAGAGUUUUAUAUCAUAAUUGAUAUUUAUAUGAAAAAUGAAGGUGUCUUAUAGCUAGUAACUUAGUUUUGUUGCUCUGACCUCUAAACAUAUUGGUUCUAUUGAUUAUAAGCAAUAUCUGUCAGCUAAAUAAGCCAUUUUAUUACUGGUUAUACAAGACCAAAGCAGAAACCACAGAACUCUUGAGUUUAUUAAAUAGAUAAGGGUGAUUGCUUACCUUUGCAUUUGUAAGAGGAAGAAUUUGACUUUUUUCAAGAUCAAAACCUAAACCACCAGAAACGAUUUGAAAGUUGAAGAAAUGUACUAUCUUUAUGUUUGUUAUGUUAUUUUUACAUCUCUUUUUAACUUAGUAGCAAAUAGUUAUCAUUGCAGACUUCUUAAUGUCAUAAAUGAAAUACAGUGAAAUAUAAUGAAACACUUUAAUGUGAAAGUUGGAAUCUUAAUGUCCUUUCAAUUCCACUCUUAUACUUCCAUAGACCUGAAAUUGAAAAAAAAACCUUAAGAUUAAAUCAGUCUAAUUUAAAAGACAGUUUGUGAACCUUGAGCCUAGGAUGGUUUUCAAAUGUCCAAAUAUCAGUAAAAACAUAAACACAUCACUAAAGUCAUCACUGGAUAUUAUUCUGCAUUUUUCUGGUUUGUGUGCAUUUCUGUGUUUAUCCUUUUUUUGUCAACUUCCUUUAUUAUGUCAUUGAUGAAAGUGUGUGUGUGUGUGUGUGUGUUUUAAUAGACCAUGUUGGGUGUUAAGACACAUAAGAUCUUUGUUUACUAAAUCUAUCCAAAUAAUAAAGUGUAUGCUCGUCAGAUCUUAACUCUGUGCACUUUGUUUGCAUGUACAGUUUUUCAAAGGGUGUUAAAAACUGUGUUUUGAAAUAUAAAAAUCUAUAUGAAAAUGAACUGUACAAAUUGCCUUAAAACUUUCACUUAUAUUCUUGGAUUUGUGCAAUGCCUUCUUGAGAUAAAUGAAUUAAUGCUUAUCUAUUUUGUGUCAGUGUUUCUACUGCUUUCUAGUGUCUUUCUUCGCAUAAAUUCAAUGAUUGAAAAAAAUAUCUUGUACUUUUUUGAAAAUGUGUUGAAUCAGUGAAAGCAUGGCUGAAGUACUGAUUGUGUAAUAAUACAUAUGAUAGAUGACUAUUUCUGUAUGGAACUAUGGAUUUUUAAAUAAACAUUCAUACUUAACAC